CCGUUCGGUUCACAUGCUAGUGCUGUUACUGGUGGCAAGCGAUCCUCGUCUGGAUAUCUUGUUGUCCUCCCACAUCACAUGGUACGGAUUUAUAACGGUGCGAAACGCGCGUUCGGCUCGUUAGGAUAUCGCUGAGCAGUUGUGGGCAGUGAUUGGUUUCGAUUUCAAACCUUUUCAAUCAUGCUAUUCGGGAGCGCAUCUCUAGAUAUCGAAAGAAAUACCACUGUUAGUUAGUUAUAAUAGUGAUAUCGUUAAAUAAAAAAGUAAUCCUCUUAUCUGGCCAAACACAGUGCCAAGAGCAAAAAAGAGCUGCCAUCACCGAGGAAUGAAAGUGAUGAAAAAAUUCAAAUGCUAGGCUGACCCCAAACACGGAAGACUAUGUGGCAUUUCUACUAUCAGAGAGCAUAAGCAGCACCCGAUACAUAUAUUGUAUUUGCCAACGUAUGUGUGUGGGGAUAAUCCAAAGAUUUCCUGUGGAAACCGGCAACAUGAUAAAACAGAAACAUGAGAAGUGUAACCGUAUUUUAUAAUCUCAACACGUCUAAUGGGUUUCGGAAAAAUUGGAAGCUACUGCCUUAGCAGAGUGGAUCUCGCAAUGACCUUGUCUAGCUGCUAGAAGAAAAAAACGUCGCAUGUUGGUUAUUAUCUUGUGAGUCAAACGAGUGAAGAGAAAAAUUCCCAAGAUUAAAUUAUGAUAAACGUUGUUUACUUUUUGGGAUUAUCGAGAAACUUGAACUGCCUUUUUCGAAGCUGGAUAAUCGUGCUGUGUAUUCUUCAAGGCUGUCCACUCCUGCACACCGGAAUGAUAUCGUUUAAAGAAAACAGUGAUAUGAUCUUCAGGACAGCCUUCUUUCUGCUCUCGCCCCACGUGCCGGGAGAUAAAAAUACGCUUCACAGUAAAAGUAAAGAUGGGAGUAGUGGUAGCAGUGAUGUUAAUAGUGGUGGUAGUAGUAGCAGUGAUAGGAAUAGUCCAAGUAGUGUUCUAGCUAGUGAAAGUGAUAAUAUGGGAGCGAUUGCGUUUGAUUUCGAGAGUGAAAGUGAAGAUUUGUUAAAAUAUUACAAAACCCCGAUGGAGUUCGGAACCGAAAACUCGACAACGGUGACAUCACAGGUCGGAGCGACGGCUCACAUUCCGUGUCGUAUUCAUCAUAUAGGGGAAGGUGUGGUAUCAUGGAUCAGAAGGAAAGACUACCACCUACUCACUGUGGGACUGACGACCUACAGCAGCGAUGAGCGUUUCAGUGCCACACAUCUGCAAAACUCGGAGGAUUGGACGUUGCAGAUAAAAUUCGUGCAAGACCGAGACGCCGGAUGGUACGAGUGCCAGGUUUCAACACAUCCGCCGACGUCCAUCUUCCUGGAGCUACGAGUAGUUGAAGCUCGAGCAGAAAUUGUGGGGCCCCAGGUGAAGUACCUAACACCUGACUCGACACUCAAAUUGAUAUGCCGCGUAGUACAAAGCACGGAAGCGACAGCUUUCAUUUUUUGGUAUCAUAAUAAUCGUAUGAUAAACUACGAUGCUGAUAGAGGCAUCAACGUUUCAACAGAGGCAGACUUUCACUACUCAGAGUUGACCAUUAAUCAUGCCACCAAAGAACGUUCGGGCAACUACACAUGUGUACCGAGUAAUUCCCAGCCGGCCAGCGUGGUGGUGCAUAUAUUUAAAGGCGAUCAUCCCGCAGCAAUGUACCAUGAACAUCGCAGCUCUUCUCCUAUCUCGUGCCGAGAUUCGGACUGGGUUUUCACGCUGACGAUUGUGAUGUUCAUUGAAAUUCUAUGCUAUUCAGACGCUCUCUUUUGAGGGGUCCACUAUGAAACUUUCGUUUUUUUUUUCUUUUCUAUUUGCAUUUGUUGGCCAUAUACAAAAAAUAAUCACGCCCAACACAACCGAUAGCUUGUAGUUACAGGAAAAAGUUUUCUAAAGCCCUUGUGCGGAAAAGUUUCUUUUAUUCAAUGAGGCCCAGCAGGACCGAAGUGCUGCUUUUCAUUCGUUUGAUUCGUGGCCGAGAUUUUGAUGUUCAGUUUUCCUCAAUUAUGUUUUUAUGUUUCCCUCUGUCCCAAAAAAGUUAUACUUUAAGUUAUAAAAAGGCAAUUUUAUUUUAUAUCAAUAGAAAAGUUAUAUCUAGUGGAAGUUCUUGGAAGUAACUGUGUACAUACAUGUUUUCUAUAACA